CCACCGCUUCCGCCGGGCCAUGGGGCCGCGCGUGCUGCCGCCGCGGCUCCUGCUGCUGCCGGCGCUGCUGCUGCCGACGCUGCUGCGCGGAACCGAGGAGGCCACGCCCCCGUUGCUGAGCACCGCGCAGGCCACACUGUUGCCGCUGCGCGCCGCGACGAACUGGAGCCACCCCGGCGCGCCGCACAACAGCACACACCCGCGGCCGCCGGGCUCGCCGGGCUCGCCGCUUCUGCGCUCCUUGUUCGUGGUCACGGGCCUCAUCGGCCUGGCCUUGCUCUACUUCCUCAUCCGGGCGUUCAGGUUGAGAAAACCGCAGCGGAGGAGGUACGGGCUCCUGGCCAACACGGAGGAUCCCACUGAUGUGGCCUCGCUGGACAGUGAUGAGGAGACGGUCUUUGAAACAAGGAACCUGAGAUGAUACUCAGGCCAGGAAGCGGCAUUUCCAGUGGCCCCGGGGGAAGGAUAAGAGACAGGGCCUGCUCGCAGUGCUGGGAACACCCCACCGCUUCUGCCGGCCCAGAGAGCUUGUGUGGGACCUGCCCGGCCCUCCCGAAGCUGCUUUGGCCCUCCAACAAGAUGAGACCGCCCAGGAUCCCGGGUGGAAGCCAGAGGGGCCCUGGCAGCCCCACCCUGGACUCUUGAGAUCGCCGGGCCAGAUUGUGACUGGUGCCGAUUGCCCUUUCCACUGGGGACCUGGCAGCCCCAAGCUGAGGCCUGGUAGCCCUGGGAGCACCUCACCCCCGGCUGGGGACAAUAAAGGCGGCAGUGCUUCUGUA